CCCCGCGCGUAACCCGGAAGUGCCUCGGAAGAGGUGGCGGAAGUGUCGGAGGGGAGGGGGCUCGAGCAAGCCCUCUCUGCGGGCUGACAGGCAGACCCGGCGCGUGGCGGCCCGAUUUGGUCGUCCUCUCUCCCAUACAGCUGCAUCAGCCAAAGGAAAAAAAAUGACAUCUCUAGGGAAGAAAGCCGACUGUGCCUCGUCACGCAUUCGUGGACCUGGAGAUGGCAUGGAAACUGAGCAGCCACCUAAAACUGUGGAAGUAAUUGCUGGAGCCCACAAUACAAGUCGUCAUGCCCAUCACAGUCCACACAAGAAAGCUAUCUCUUCCCUGAGUCCCGGAGUUCUCCAACUCGGGAAAAUACAUAGUGAUAAGUCAGUGGAGAUUGAAGCUGUUCGAAUACUGGUUCCCAAAGCUGCUAUAACUCAUGUUGUUCCUACCAAAAAUGCUAAGAUGUCUAAAUCCCUGGGACACCAUAAAGGAGAGGAUUUCAGCCAGUCAGAUGGAGUCCUAGAACCCAAGAAAGAGCUGUUGGAUCUAAAAAAUGCAGUAGAAAAGCUCAAGAAUUCAGAAAGGAGAUUGCUACAGGAUAAAGAAGGUCUUUCCAACCAGUUACGUGUACAGACAGAGGUGAAUCGAGAGCUGAAGAAGUUACUUAUUGCUUCUGUUGGGGAUGACCUGCAAUAUCACUUUGAACGCAUGGCUCGUGAGAAAAAUCAGUUGAUCCUAGAAAAUGAGGCCCUAGGCCGGAAUACAUCUCAGCUGUCUGAACAGUUAGAGCGGAUGUCUAUACAGUGUGAUGUGUGGCGCAGCAAAUUCCUAGCAAGCAGAGUCAUGGCUGAUGAGCUAACCAAUGCCAGAGCAAUUCUUCAGCGCCAAACCCGGGAUGCACAGAGUGCAAUUCAGGAUCUGUUGAGUGAACGUGACCAGUUCCGUCAAGAAAUGAUUGAUACACAGAAAUUGUUAGAAGAGCUGCUGGUUUCUCUACAGUGGGGGAGGCAGCAGACUUAUUAUCCUAGUGCUCAAACCCACACUACAGCAGAGCUAGCAGCAGUGAACCAUAAACUGGCUAAAGCAGUGAGCUCCCACCUUCUUGGAAAUGUUGGCACUAACACUCCAAAAAAGGCUUCCCCACCAACAGAGUUCUGCAACACUCCUGCUGAGAAAAUGGCUGAAAUGGUGCUGCGAGUGUUGGAUCCAGUUGCCUGUACUGAAGCAUCACCAGAAGUUCCCUUUUCUGAGCCUUCCCCACCCUCCUUCCUUUCCACAAAGAAGAACAUUGGUCGGUUUCACCCAUACACCAGAUAUGAAAAUAUAACUUUCAACUGCUGCAAUCACUGCCAGGGAGAACUGAUAGCCCUUUAAAAUCAUUGUGCUGAAGACAAAAAGCCAGUGUGUCUGUAGAUAUGCUAACUUUUUGCUGAAUGACACUAGUGAUUUAUCCAUUUGGAUUUCCUUCUUUGCUAUUAUCUUCCUGGGGGUUUGUUAUGCUAGAAACAAUGUACUUUUUACUUCCUAUACCUCUCAUGCUUAGGGACCAUCUACAAUCUGUGGUGAGAUCAUAGCUUCUACAAGGCUGGAAUAUGGUUAAUGCUCCCAUCUACAAGGGCAAGACCAAAAUGUUACAACAUAAAUUUACACAAUUUAUAGUGUAAAUAGCUCCUUAGAUGUGUAGGAUUUGUAAUAAUAUUAUGAAACCUUAAUGGAUUUCUGCACAGGGGAAGACAAAACCAUGAAACUAUUUAGGAACAUAGACAAGUGAUGCAUCCACUUGAAACCUCUGAAUAGUGCUUCCUUUAAAAGGGAGUUGAAAUAAAUGCUAAAGUAAGAAACAUUGAUUUAUUAUUUAAGUAUUUUCAUUUUAAAAAGGGCAAUAGAAAGCACAAUCAUUUCUAUGCGGUUUAAUUUUUCUCUGUAGUGUUACUCAGUUUGCUGUGGUGCUAUGGUCAAGUAUUUAUAGUCCUAAUUAAGUUAAAGGAUCAGGUGCAAUUAAUAUUAUGGGCCUUCAAGUUCAGAAGGGGGCAGCAGGGCCCUUACCUUGAUGGAAAAGGGUAGAGAAGCCUCUUUAAGAAGAAACUUGAAUGAAAUUGGAAGGUGUUGGUGCUGAAUGGAGUAUGGAACCUAAUGUGCAUGACAAAGUUAUUUCUGUGUGUACAUGAGGUUGAAACAAGUGGAUUAGAAGCAUUUUAACUCCUAGAACCAAGCUGCUGCCUAGCUGAUGCAGCAAAGAUGGACAUAGCUCCUUUAGUGCAUAGUUUUAAAAACUGAAACUUACCCUAUGCUUAGAGGCAAGAUACUACACAUGAAAAUCUUUCAUAGGUAUUAUACCCGUGGAAGGGCCUGCAUCGUCAAAUACUAUGUAUGCAUAAGUAGUGACAGAGCAUACUAUAUUUUUACUCAUCUGGCUUUAUUAGGUUAAUGAGACAAAUUCAAAGUAUGUACUAGUAACCAGCCUGCCAAAUACCGCCCAAGAAGACAGCUUGCAAGGUUCUUCUCUGCUUGCUUAUUUACAAGUUAGACAGGAUAUGAGUCUUCCACCAUAUGUUAGUGAGCUUUUGAGCUCUUUUUGAACAAAAGUCAUAUUCAUAGAAAAAUCAUGCUGAUAUCUUGCAGCACUCCAGUAUCCUGCCACCCCCAACAGACACAGUAUCCAUAGCCAUGCUAUGUAAUUAAGGAAAAGGUCUCUAAACCAGUCACUAACACUUUUUUUGGUAAAUCUAGUACUGUACACCAGGUAUAAAAGGCAUAAGUUUUUGACUGCUACUCUUGGCCAUGCUUUGGCCUCUGCAAUUAAUAUGUUACAAUAAACAUUCUCUACCUACUUUUA